AUGUCGCCCCCGGCCGCCUCCAACCCAGCACAAUCCACCACCUCCAUCUCCACCCACCUCGCCGACCCCUCGCUCACCCCGCUCCUCACCACCGCCCGCUCCCAGCCCCAACUCGAGGCCCUCACCUCCCUCACCUCCACCGCCCUCACCGCUCACUCCACCGCCCUCCGCCUCGGCCUCGGUACCCCCGAGCGCCUCAUGGUCGAGUACCCCGGCGGCGGACCCUCAUCCUCAAUUCCUUCCUCGAACCCCCUCCCUGCGAAACCCCACCGCGCCCCCGGCCAACGUGACCGAUGCCCUCGGAAGCCUCGACAUCGCCGCAGACUCCCCGGCUGCCGUGGGAAAGGGGGACCGGCCGCGGCCGCGCCCCUGGCAUUGGGAGAGGCGAGCGACGAUGACGACGACGUUGGGGAAGCAGAGGACCCGCCCAUGCUUAUCGCCGUCGUUGUGGGCUCGGGCCCGGACGAAGGACGUGAGGCCCAACGGGCGGCCGCGAGACUAGAAAGGCUAGGGAGGAGUCUUCAGCGAGAAUGGGCGGCGGAAGAGAUGGCAGACCGAAACGAAUGA